CCACUGGCACUGGCAAUCUUAAGUUGUCAAGCUUAGGCGCUCGAAGUCCUCCCAGGCGCCGUUGAGCGCCUUGAUGAGCGCGACGUUGCCCCGCUGGUGCGCAGUGUCCACGGGCCGCUCGCCGCUCCUGUUCCGCGCGGCCUGGUUCGCGUGGCGCGAGGACAACAACGCCACGAUCUCGCAGGCCUUCUCGUCGUCGCCGCAGUCACCCGUCGCGGCGACGUGGAGCGGCGUCGCGCCCGUGCCGUCGACGGCGUCGACGUCCGCGCCCGCGUCCACCAGCAUCUUGGCGGCGCGCGUCGCGCCGUGCAGCGCGCAGGCGUGGAGCGCCGUCCGGCCCUGGGCGUCCGCCGCGGCCAGCAGCCGCGCGAGGGGCGGCCCCUCGCCCACGUGGUCCAUGAGCACGCGCAUGACCUCGACGUGACCCCUUGAUGCUGCAAUCACCAGCGGCCGCGACGCGGCGCAGGCCGCGGCCUCGUUCUGCGUGAUGCCCUUCUGCGUCUUGCUCCGCCGCGGCUUCGACGUCGGUUUGAGGUAGGGGUUCUCCGCCGCGAGCGGCGGCGCGUCGCCCCCGAUCACGCGCCCGCGCCCCGUCGUAAACAAACCGCCGAGGCCCAGCGCGUCGCCCAGGGCGUCGGCGCCCGCUUCGAGACAGGCUCGACAAGCGUCGGCGUGGCCCGCGCCGCACGCAUAAUCUAAGGCCGUCGCGCCGUGCGCGUCGGGCUGGUCCGCGCGGCCGCCGCGCGCCGCCAGGACGUGGACGUGGUCCGCGCGGCCCGUCGCCGCCGCCGUCCGGAGCGCGUCGUCUAGACGGGCCUGCUUGUCGAGGCGGUCCGCCAUCUUCGCGGCCGUGUCGCGGUCGCGCAGCAACUCCUGGAGCUUCGCGCGCGUCUGCGCGAGCUUCUUGCGUUUGGUGGCCCCGAUGGGCAGCGCGAGCUCCGGGUCGCCCUCGAGGUCCCGCGCGACCGUCUCGGCCGCGUUGAUGAGCUCGACGCGCCUCCGCUCGACCCGUCGCAAUUCUUCGCGCGUCUGCUUCUCGCGCAGCGCGCCGACGUGGCGCGCGAGGCGCCGCGCGUCUCGAUUGGCAUCGGCGGCCUCGCGCUCGGCGGCGUCUCUCCCUACGACGGCCUCCGCCGCCAGGCGCUCCGAGGCCUCGCUCACGAAGCGCGCGUUCUUGAGGCGCCGCUCCAGGUCGUCCGCGCGGAGCGCCGCCGCCGCGACGCGCCGCAUGACCACUUCCUCCACCUCCUUGGCGGCGUUUUGGCCCCGCUGCUCCGCCUCGCCGAUUUUUGCGUGCAUCCGCAGUAACUCCGCGUCCUUCGCUUUGCAGAUCGCCUCGGCGGCGGCUUGCGCGAGGAUCGACGCGGACCGCGCCUCCUCCAAUUGCUUCACGCGCUGCUCGAGGCGCCGCUCGACGGCCGUCGGUUUCCUCGUGGCUUCCUCGUCGUCGUCGGGGGACUGGGGGCGCUCGUCCUCCUCCAUGGUCGCGGCUGAUUGGGCUGCCCUGCCCGGCUGCCUGACGCCUGGUCCUGAGCGCUAAGCUCUCGACGCCCGAGGAGACCCAAGAAGGGCGUCCCCAGCAGCCCCACGAAGGCGUCCUCGGCGUUCAAGGCCUUGGCAAGCGCUGCAAAAGUUAGCGCCACC